CCUCCACGUUGGCCCCGCCCAUGCUCCGCCCCCUGCGCACCUGGCCCCGCCCCGCCGGUUGCGGUGCAGCGAAGGUCGGGUCCCGCUCUGGGCGGGCGGUGGAGGUCUCCGCCAGGGACUGAGACCCGCUUGCCUCUGUACCCUGAAAGUUUAGCAGAAGAAGAACCAGCAGGCUUGAACCACACUGACCAACUCUAAGCCGCAGUAGAGCUGGGGCUGGGAUCGUAGCUCAACGGUAGAGCACUAGCACCUGGGUGCAACCUCCCGCACCACCAAAAACAAGUGUCGUCCAAAACUGAAUAACACCAGAAAGCCUGGCCUCGCACGGAGCAUAACCGGAAGGCGGGCUCCCCAGACCAGGAGGGCUUCUUCAACCUGCUGAGCCAUGUGCAGGGUGACCGGAUGGAGGAGCAGCGCUGUUCGCUGCAGGCUGGUCCGGGACAGACUGCUGAGAGCCAGGCGAGCCCAGCGCCCGAGAUGGACAAUCUCAUGGACAUGCUGGCCAGCACCCAGGGCCGCCGCAUGGACGACCAGCGCGUGACGAUCAGCGCCCUGCCUGGCUUCCAGCCCAUUGGCCCCAAGGACGGAGUGCAGAAGCGUGCUGGGACACUCAGCCCUCAGCCCCUGCUCACCCCCCAGGACCCUGCUUCACUCAGCUUCCGCAGGAACAGCAGCCCCCAGCCCCAGACGCAGGCCCCCUGAGGGUCCCAA